AUGAAUGUGGCUUAUGUAGUAAAAGUUUUGCAACAGGAAGUGAACUGUCUGUGCACAGUCAUGAUCAUACGGGGUGAGAAAUCUUGUUCUUGUAGUGCGGUGCUGUCUGUGCAUAGUGGUGAGAAACCUUAUUCUUGUAGUGUGUGUAAUAAGAGUUUUUCUCAUAAACAGAAAUUAGCUGUACUUGCUCGCCCACAUACUGGUGAAAAACUGAUUCUUGUGACUUGUGUAACAAAAGGUUUUCGUUGUGACAUAAUCUCUCCUAGUACAGUCAUGUUCAUACUGGUGAAAAUCCCUAUUCUUGUCGUGAGUACAUUGCCUGUGCAUAAUCGUGUUCAUACUGACGAGAAACCUUAUUUUUCUAAGACAAAUUUGUCAUAA